AUGCCCGACGAUGACGACGAGCUCACUCGUGCCCUGUAUGCUCUGCCAUACAGGAGAGAUGGCCUACCUAGGAGCUCGCAGGUGGUCAGCGCCGCCAUCGGCCGGCCCUACCGACAGGAGCUUCUGCAAAUCCAGCGUGACUCCCCAAAGGCCAGCGGUUUAAUUGCUCAGCUGGAGACCAGCGGGGUCGACCACAAGGACUAUCGGCUCGAUGAGGAUGGGGUUCUGAUGAAGUACUCUGGCACGACCCGAGUCAACGGAUUGCUCGUCCCUCGCUUACGGUUCUAUAUCCCGGACGAUACUGAAGCUGCGUCAAUAUAUGCUAAGGGCCUCCUCGAGAAGUACCAUGCCGACUCGGCAUUGCCGAGUCCGGGUGCCUCAACGAUAGGUAUCUAA